ACAUGACAUCAUCUAGAACAAACCAAUGGAAAUCGUUCUCGCGCAUAAGCCCCGCCCUAAACACGAUCGACCAUGGCUGGACUGGUCCGAAACCUACAGCAGAUCAGAUCAGGGAUCAGAUGCGGAAGGGGGUCAAAGUUCAGUGUUAGGGAGAUGAAGAUGGCCCUGUUGAGCUCUCUCUUGACCCCGGGUCUCCGGGGGGCCCUUUACUCCACCGGGACCAGGAGCUCAUCCUCAGGAACCCUCCAUAUCAAAGAGCCACUCAACUACUGGUGUGGUGGCCGAGUCAAUCUCAAAGAUGUGAAAGCCAAAUCCGAACCAGUAUAUGAGCCUGCGACAGGUCGUGUCCUUUGCCAGCUGCAAGCUUGUGGAGCCACAGAGGUUGAUGCAGCUGUCAGGAGCGCCAGUGCUGCUUUCACAGUGUGGAGUAAACUGGCAGGCAUGGAAAGAGCCAGAGUCAUGCUAGAGGCGGCCAGACUCAUUGAGAAGAGAAGAGAGGAGAUAGCUGAGAUGGAGGUAGUCAACAAUGGCAAGUCCAUCACCGAAGCCCGUUUAGAUGUGGACUCGGCCAGACUGUGCAUUGAGUAUUUUGCAGGACAAGCCACCGUCCUUUCAGGUCAGCACGUUCAGCUAGCAGGAGGUUCAUUUGCCUACACGCGUCGGGAGCCGCUGGGUGUGUGUGUGGGAAUAGGAGCCUGGAACUAUCCCAUCCAAAUCGCAGCCUGGAAAUCUGCCCCUGCCAUCGCUUGUGGCAACUCCAUGGUGUUCAAGCCGUCUCCGGUGACCCCCGCGACUGCAGUGCUGCUGGCUGAGAUUUAUUCACAGGCCGGAGCUCCCGAGGGCCUGUUCAAUGUGGUGCAGGGCGGAGAAGAGACGGGUUCUCUCCUGUGCCAUCACCCGGCUGUGGCUAAGAUCUCCUUCACGGGAAGUGUGCCCACGGGAAAGAAAAUAAUGGAAAUGGCGUCCCGAGGGGUCAAACCAGUGACACUGGAGCUUGGAGGUAAAUCUCCAGUGAUCAUCUUUGAGGACACUGAUCUAGAAAACGCCGUUAGAGGAGCACUCAUGGCCAACUUCCUGUCUCAAGGCCAGGUGUGCAGUAAUGGAACCAGAGUUUUUGUGCAAAGCUCAAUUGUUCCUCAGUUCUUGAAAGAGGUGGUCAGGAGAACUAAAGCCAUCCUGAUAGGAGACCCUCUGUUGGAGGAAACUCGUAUGGGAGCCCUGGUCAGCAAACCACACCUGGAGAAGGUGCUGGGAUAUGUGAACCAAGCCAAGAAAGAGGGAGCCAGAGUGCUCUGUGGAGGGGAGCCCUUCAUCCCAACGGAUCCUAAACUAAAAGAUGGAUACUACAUGACACCAUGUGUGCUCGAUGGCUGCACGGAUGACAUGACGUGUGUCAAAGAGGAAAUCUUUGGGCCUGUGAUGUCAGUACUGUCCUUCGACACUGAGGACGAGGUUCUUCGGAGAGCCAAUGACAGCUCUCUGGGUCUGGCUGCAGGGGUCUUUACUAAAGAUAUUAAGAGAGCACAUCGAGUUAUAGAAAACCUUCAGGCUGGAACUUGUUUCAUCAAUAACUACAAUAUCACACCUGUGGAGGUGCCAUUUGGAGGAUACAAGGCCUCAGGUAUUGGAAGAGAAAAUGGCCAGGUCACCAUUGAAUUGUAUUCUCAGUUGAAGACUGUGGUGGUGGAGAUGGGUGAUGUGGAUAGUCUCUUUUAAACACGUAUUCUGGUCCCAGAUUAAUGAUUGGAUCCUACUGGAAGAUCUCAAUGUGGCAUUACCCACGUAGCCUAAAGACUGACAAGCACAGUUACUGAAAUGCAUUAAUGUUCACCACUAAUGGACCAUGUUUAGCCUGCCAACAUAAUUUCUAAGUAACGGCAGCUAUCUGUGUAUAUUUCACAAUCAAGUGCCUUUACUGUAGGAUGGCACAAUUCUUCAUGAUCGUAAAAGAGUGUUAACUGCAUUUAUUUGAAAGAAACUGUCAUUUAAUUCGAUUGUUAAAUAGCUAUAAUGUAUUAGUUUUGUUUAUGUACGUGUGUAUCAGAUCUUACUCAUGCUGUGAAUGUAGGCUUUAACCUAUUCAUUCGCUCGAGGAAACACUACGCAAAUAUGGUAAUAUUUUUUAAAUUAAUGACAAAAGCCGGUAAAUAAUUGUAAUAAAGGAGCUUGUGUAUAAAGAUGGUAGUCUGAAGUAUUGUUUAUUUUAUGUGCAUACUCUUGUACAUUCAGCUGAUGUGUCAUUCAUUCAACAUUGUUUUCUACAUUCAGCGAAUUAAUAUCUCUGUCCUUCUUCAUCAACACCAAACAGGAAGUCACCUCAUUAUAAAUUAUAAAUAAAUAAUAAAUUAUCUUAGAAUUUGAGAAUGAAUUCUCUAGAGCUAAAAACUUUUUAAACUUCUUCCUGGUACAAAGCCAUUUUUACUAUAUUUGAAUAAAAAAUGUUGGCAAAAACA